AUGGCCGACAUGGGUGCUGAGACCAAGUAUGCUGCCCAAGAAAAGUUUAACGAGAUGAUUUCUAUCCCCGAGAGCCCGCACGAUCAAUACUCUGUAGCUGGAAGACAAGAAGAGCAGAUGGAGUGGACCCCAACCCUGGUGGAAAACCUCACUGAGUCGAAACCAGAACCAAUUUACCUUGCAAACGAGCUACUAAUAUAUAUCUUCGAACUUGCGAGAGGAGACCGGAACUAUGUUGGUAGUCUUGAAAUUCAGACGAUCCAGGCAAUCCGCCUAACUUGCCGCCGCUUUAACGAAUUGAGCUCGCAUCUCCUCCUCCGCAAUCUCAAGGUCAACCUAACACGCUCGUCGCUCGACUGUUUAGACGAGAUAUCACGCCACCCUUUGAUAUCCAAGGGCAUUGAGACCAUUGAUCUAUAUUUGUCUCCCUCUCAUUUCUUGAUCGCCGGUUAUAGCAUUCGCGGUUUUGCUGCUGCUGGUGCACUUGCUCUAAGUUGUGAACUAUUCUGUUGGAGACAUACACCAACCACACCAAGCUUCCUGAGACAAGUGACCAACCACACCUUGCUGUACAAAAGGGCAAUAAACAUGGGCGAUGCUCUCGCGAUAUCAUGGGCGAAAGUGGCCAGGCAUGGGGUUGAUCCAAAUUGUGAAGAUGAUCUCCUUAUCGCACGGGAAUACAAGAAGUAUUGCCAGCUCUACAGAGAGUAUAAGAACACUGCGGACUCCUCCGCCCAGAUUAUCGCCACUGCGAUGAUGAGGAUGCCCUCUGCGACCAGAAUUGUCGUAAAAGACUUCCGCCGGGAACCGAGGAUAAUUUAUCCUGAAGAUCUAGUCCAGUCUGAUUCUCUGCCUCAUCAUCUGAUCUCGCAAGGAUAUGAGUGGUGGCUUAUAGAGAACCCGCCAGAGCAUCUACCACUACACGUUCUUGGUGACUUGUUGCUUGCAGUUCAACAGCUCGGGCACCCUUUAAAGAGUCUUGAUUUUGUGACGCCGCCGACUAUGUCUUGGCUUCCGACCUCACGUAUGGCCACAACACCUGAAUCCACAAUGCUUCGUCACGCUCUCGCAGGACUCAAAAGCUUUGUAUACCGUCCGGCUAUACACAGAAGGCUCAGAGGUCCUUUCUACAAGGUACCAGAGAUGUGGACCGAAUUUGGUCAUUUCCUUCUCGGUAACCUACAUCCAGAGUCCAUCCAAAGAAUUGAAUUAGAUUUCUAUUUCUUACCCGCUCAGCUCAUCGAGCCAAGGUUCAGCAUGGCAUCCAUCCUCACUUCUUACAGCUGGCCAAAGCUGCAGCAAUUGUCUUUCCAUGGGUCCUUCCAUUUCCGGGAGCUUAAAGCCAUAGUGGAGCCUCUUGGGCAAGAUGUCGACUUACAAUGGUUUGGAUAUUUGAUGAGCGGUUCGUGGGUCGAAGUCCUUGAUUUUCUCCGGGAGCGCAAUACGUCUACGCAACGAGUCGGUGAUUUCGAAAAAUCGAAUCAAGGACUAAUUAACGGAGGCUUGGGAGAGUCGUACGGGCAGGAGUAUCAACUGAUGAGCCCGAAUACUAGAGAAUACAUCUUCCACUCUCCGCCGGAUCAGUGCGCUAACGACGCAACUCUGUAUAUUCAGGGGUUAACAGAACACAAUCCAGUGAGAGCUUGGAGUAUGAGUGGAUUAGAAGGAGGAGGCGAGCACGAUAUCUAG